AUGUUUUCGGACAGGCUGAACCGCUGCCCCUACCUCGCCGCUCGUGCUUUCACCUUCCGCCUAGCCUCAACCUCGCAAACGCCGCCUCAACACCACGCGCCGCCACCCAAUACCGAAAAAAAGCGGACUGCACUACCGACACAGUCAGCGGUAACCCACGCGCAGGCACAGCUCCCACGGCCCAACGGGUGCAGAAAUACCGCCGCUAGUGAUCGAGCAUCUGCCGGAGUGGCCCAUGCACAGGCGCGCCCUCCUCGACGCCCUUGCGGGUUGAGCUGGUACUCAUACGCCCUCACCGAAGACCGCAGCCUUAAGGUGGUCAUACGAGGGCUGCCUUACAAAACGCCGCAGGAAAAACCACCGAACCAGGGACAAACAGUCUUCUCGGACCUGCUGACGGACUUUGUCAAAAAGUUUGGGUCCGAACCGAGGGCGACGUGUAAAGAAGUGGAGAGGGGGGUACGGUACGACCCCCAACAUGUGAAUGAGGGAUACCGUUUUCUGUAUCACCAGAUGGCGCCAUUGUUGAGUGAGGUCCUGAAUUAUUCAGAAAACAACUCUGGCCAUACCCGUACUCUAGGCCGUACCCUCAGAUAUGUGUCGUUUCGUGAAAUUGAAGAAACGUUUGAUAAAAUAGCCGAGUAUGAUGCCUUCUAUACUGGUGGUGACAUACACCUUACUAUUGAUGGAGUACAUCUUCUUUGCCUGUGUGAGGAUGUUGUGAAAGUUGUAGAUGUCAAUACAGUAUCCACUGUGCUUAUAAUCGGUAAAUCUGAUGAAAAUGUAGAAAUUGAUCAAAUCAAUACAUUUCAACUGUCCAACAACAAUGAAGUAGUAGUGACAGCACAUAAAAGUGGGUUGAUGAAAUUGUGGGAUAAGGAAACUGGAAAGCAAAGGAAAAUGUGGAGAUCAGGCCACAAAGGUCCAGUUGCUCGUUUGGCAUUUGACUCUACAGAUGAAAAUAUAGCUUCAGGAGGGUCGGAUGGUAACAUACGACUAUGGGACUUUGAUCAUAAUAUGUGUACCAGUAGUUUGCGAGGAGCUGUAGGUGUAUUUUCAAUUUUAAAAUAUCAUCCUGAUGCUAGCAAAGAAUUAAUAUUUGGAGCUGCCGAUGAUACUAAAAUAAGAUCAUGGAAUUCAAAAACAGGAAAAGAAAGUAUGAUAUAUUCUGGACACUUCAGUAAAAUAACUUCCAUUCAGUUCACAUCAGAUGGUGAAUACAUGAUUAGUUCAGGUAGGGAUAGAGUACUGAUUCUUUGGAAAAUAAAUGAAAGCAGUGCUAUCAGAGUGAUACCAGUCUAUGAAAGUAUCGAAGCUUGUAUAUUGUUGCCACUGUCAUUUAAAAUUCCAAAUUUCAAGAAGAAAAUAGGAAUGGAUGGCAUUUAUGUAGCUUGUGCAGGAGAAAAAGGUAUUGUAAAGAUUUGGAAUAUGGAGAAGAGUAGAUUGAUGUAUGAGCAGGACAAUAGCUUAGUAUCACCUUCACACGAAGAAGGUGGUCUUGCAAUCACCAAUUUAUUAUUUAAUGAAGCGAGAAAUACUCUGUCUGUUGUUACAGUUGAUCAUAAUAUUAUAGUUCAUGAUUUAGAGUCUUUUGCUUGUAUAAAGCAAAUGGUUGGGUUUACAGAUGAAGUUUUAGAUAUAAUAUUCAUUGGCAAAGAUGAAAGUCAUAUUAUUGUAGCUACAAAUAGCCAAGAUUUGAAAUACUAUGAAUUUGAUAGCAUGAACUGUCAGAUUAUAAAAGGACACACAGAUAUAGUUCUAGCAUUGGCAAAAUUUCCUACAAAACCAGAAUUAUUUAUUUCUUCAGGGAAGGACAAUAGUGUGAGAAUAUGGCAUUGUAUUGAGACCAAUAAAGUAUUAUGUAUAGGUGUUGGUACCAGACAUACUGCUUCUGUAGGAUCUGUGUUCACUUUUCAAACAACUCAUAUGUUUUUUGCUUCAGUAAGCCAAGAUAAUUGUUUGAAAGUUUGGUCAGUUCCAGCCGAACUGACCUGUGCUGAUCAGAAAAUAAAAUCAAGUCACACUGAGCUAGCUCAUCAGAUGGAUAUAAAUUGUGUCACUGUAUCACCAAAUGACAGUAUGAUUGCCACUGGUUCGCAAGAUAAAACAGCCAAGUUGUGGACAAAAGACUUGAAAUUGUUAGGUGUGUUACUAGGUCAUAGAAGAGGAGUAUGGUGUGUUAGAUUUUCUCCAGUUGAUCAAGUUGUCCUUACUUCUUCAGCUGAUUGUUCCAUUAAAUUGUGGUCAAUAUCUGAUUUGAGCUGCUUGAAAACUUUUGAAGGUCAUGAAAGUUCAGUUUUGAAAGUUGAAUUCCUUAGUAGAGGUCAGCAAAUAUUUUCCUGUGGUGCUGAUGGUCUCCUUAAACUAUGGAAUAUUAAAUCAUCAGAAUGUAAAAUGUCUUUAGACAAUCAUGAUGGUAAAAUCUGGUCCCUAUCUGUUAAUAACAAUGAAAAUAUUAUAGUUACAGGAGGGUCUGACUCCAAAUUAGUUAAAUUAAAAGAUGUCACAACUGAACGUCGUGACAGGCUGGUGAAAGAAAAGGAACAGUUUAUUUUACAAGAACAAGAAUUGAUGAAUUUAUUACAUGAUAAAAAAAUGGUCAAAGCACUGAAAUUGGCACUACGCAUGGAACGACCUUUACAUGUCUUAAAAAUAGUCAAUGAUUUAGUAAAACAUGGAAAUGAAAAGCUUUAUGAAACCCUUAAGGAAAUCAACAACACACAAAAGGAAAAACUUUUAAAUUUUGCUUCUGAAUGGAACACAAACAAUAAAAACUGUCAUGCUGCUCAAAUUGUAUUUAACAUACUAUCACCAGAGAUUCUUAGUGGCAAUCUAAAGGUGUCAUCUCUUGGGAGUUUUAUAGAAGUCUUGGAUCACGUGGUGAAACCUCUCAGCAAUAGACAGGACUUUCCAGCAGGAUUCUGCCCUUGGCCACAAGGCACGAACUACUCAAGCCUGUCUUGA